UUCUCGCCUUCCUAUUCCCUCCGGGUCUGAGAGAGGCAGGACUUCCUGUCCCUUGUAGAGCCACUGUCGGAAGUGACUGCGGGCAAAUCGGCCUUCGCCAAGCCUGGGAGAGGGUAGGGGUGGCGGUGCUGGUUGCUGCUUUAGGCUUCAAAGAUGCCUGGUCUGACGGCCGCAAGCCCUACCCCGUCUGACUCACAGGAGAAGAAGCCGCUGAAGCCCUGCUGCGCCUGCCCGGAGACCAAGAAGGCGCGCGAUGCUUGGUCAGUGCGCAAGCGGGGAGGGUCAGCGGGCACGCCCCGCGCUUCGCCUUCCGGUGCCUUCAUGCCCUGCCUGCCCUUGGGCUCCGAGUUUUGCUGUGCUGCGUUCUUGAGAGUUAAAGGCCCCUGUAGGCUUUGGGUCAGCUGUCUCUUGACUGAACCCACAGCCCAGCCCGGAGACAUGGAUGAAGGGUUAGGAGAGAGGUCAGAUUGAACCGGGCUCGCUUCA